AUGGACGACCGAUACAUCGUGAAGUUCGGCCAUUUGGGCAGUUCAACAUGUCGGCGUCAGGUUGUCAUAAGGGCAGGUGUGACGUUUUCGACAAAGCCUACUUCUGCAAUUCGCAGGCGCACUUUUGGACAUGCUCCUUUUUCCAGGCCCACAUACCUUUUGGCAGAAGCCAUGCCUUGUUUCAGUGACAAGGGAUUUGGCCGCCAUCGCAACACGCAUCUCAUGAACGCAAACGUGAGCCGAUACCAUCUGGCCCCGCUCCCCUUGACAAAUGGGUCCAGACGCAUUUUGACGACAGGGUUUCGGGGCACAAAC